AUGGCUUCACCAAAGUUCCAGAUCCCGCCGGAGUUCCAGUCCAAACUCCGCCAUGUCGAGCCUCUCGACGCGCGCUCUGACGAGGAGAUUCUUGAAUACCUGAGAAACCCUCCACCAGUCACUGCAGAGAAGAACAUCUGGGCCUUUUGGCACUCUGGCAUCGACAACAUCCCGAGCUGGUGUCGGCGAAACAUCAUCAACUGGGCUCGCCUCUGCGGUCCGUCAUGGACGAUUCGCGUCCUGGACGACGUUCCAGAUUCUCCCAGCAACGCCUUGAAUUGGGUCAAGCGAGACCAACUUCCCGAGGCCUUUGUUGCACACAAAAUGGAGGGCCCCCGUGUGUGGACCGGUCCCCACAGCGCAGACUUUCUCCGUGGCAUUUGUCUCUACCAAUAUGGCGGCGCUUGGGUGGACGUGGGAUCCAUCCUCGUUAGGACAAUCGAUGACCUCUGCUGGAAGCACCUCGAGGACCCAACCAGCCCUUACCAAGUUGCUGCCCCUUGGUUGUAUGGGACCGUCGUGGGCAACCAUUUCAUUGCCAGUCGCAAAGGUGACCCAUUCAUCAAACAUUGGCAUGAUGUUUUCAUGGCUCUUUGGAAGGGCCACAACAGCUCCGAUGGCAUCGCAGCAAAUCCCCUCAUCGCCUUCGCACAUAACAUGAAUACCGAUGGAAUGGAAGCUCGAAAUUUCAAAUGGAACUGGAACGCCCCUCUCCCCAAAUUGAUGGAAUAUGUUGCCCAAAUCGUGUGCUGGAUCAGAGUCGCUGCAAUUCAGGAGCCCAACGGUGGCUUCAAUGGCGUCGAUUACUACGACAAGAAGGUGCUACUACACGACUCGCUACGCGAAGCUUGGCCCGCCGAAGCCGUGAUCGGCUUCAACGGCGAGGAGCUCUUUGACCUCUUCUCAGUCAAAUUGGAUGCCGAUCCCGAGUCUGAAGAGUACAAAAAGGCCUACAACGUCGUUUGGACGAUCUUGACCACGUCGACCAUGCAGAAGGUCACCCACGCCGCGGGCAUGACCUCGACCAAGGCAUUGGGAACUUUGUGGGAUAUGAAGGAGAAUGAGAAUAGAGACCAGGAGCCUGGAACUUUUGCAGAGUUGCUACGGUAUGGAAGUGUGCAUUUCGAACAAAAUCGAGAGAUAAAGUACAUUACGCCUCCAAAGGCUGAGUUUGUAUUGGAGAAGGGCGUGCUUGAGCCUUGA